AUCAUUUAGAGGAUCAAACGAAUGAUAACACCAAUGAUAAGAGACAACGCACAGAAAAAACCAUGGCUAUUUAUAAAGAACCUUCUAUUUUCAACUUUCGACCCAUGGACGAUAUUACCAAAGUGAUUCAUGACUUUAUUACUAAAUACUGUGGUCAACAAUAUGUUGAAAUUGAAGCUAAACUUGGUGUCUUUAUAGAUAAACAUACUAACGAACGACUUUUUUUGGACUGUGAAACGGAAACAGUGAUACCUCAACAUAUGUCACGUCAAAUACGAUUUGAAUCCAAUAUGCCUUUACAACAACAUAAAUAUUAUAAUAAUAUGUUUAAUGAUUUAGUCAACAAGUCACAAGCAAAGGAUUAUAAAGGUGAAAGAAUCAAAUAUCGACAUACGCGUGAAACUGAUAGAUUUCAUGAUAUGGGAGGAAGAAAAAAAUGUAGAGUUACUAUAGAUCAACAAACAGGAAAGAUUGUACCUGAUGGAAUCAUUGAAAAAGUACGAUUGGAAGAUUUGAAUAUCCAUUCACCGACACAACCUUUGGAUUAUAGAAUAUCUAUCAAUCUUGAAAUUCCACAAUCUAUGCCUGAAUCUCCAUACAUAUUUGAACGUAAUAAGGAUCGAUUAUCAUAUCAACAUGGCGGUUUGAAUUUUGAUUUAACUCAAGUGAAAGGAGGUCAAACAAAUGAUAUGGAAGUACGACAUGAAUUGGAAUUGGAAUUUAUGGACGCUGAACUUUUACAAAUUGAAAAACUCAAAUUGGAUCGAAAGGAACCUUCCUCAUUUACUCUCUCUAUAGAACGCUUUGUCAACAAUAUUAGGAUCUUAUCAAAACAUGCCAAAAUGAUGUAAUCCUUUUUAGUCAGUUAGAUCUUAUGUUUUACAUGCAUUUACAAAAAAAUAAAAACCAUAUUAUUAUUAUUAUUAUC